CUUUUCUUAACUCUUUACACAUUCUCACAAAUGGCGUCUGUUCAAUAUGGUAUAGAUCAAGGAAUGGAGAUUUUCAACAAUGAGCUUAUGAUCAUGUCGUUUUUGGAAGAAGAAUCGCCUGUCAAUAAUCUUAGUAGCACCAACGAAGAGGAAGAGAAGGAACUAAACCGCGUGAUAAGAUCUCUAGAAGUGGAGAUCAACACGAGUUCUUCUUCGCCCAUAGAGUCUCGAGACAAUGAUCUCCAACAGACAAAAUCCGGCCUGGAAGAUGAUUUUGGUUGGCUAAACGACUUUGACAUUGGUGUGGUUAUGUCGCAAAUUGAUAACGAGAUGAUGAAUUGGUGUACGGAGUUUUCUUGCAUUGAUGGUGUAGAUGGUAGUGGUCUUGAGAUUGAAGGUGGUGAUUAUUAUUCUCAUAUUAACUAUGGACUUACAUUUGAGGAACCAACUCUUUCUCUAUGGCAAGAGAAUAAUGAUGUGUUUAUGUAUUGAUUGAUUGGUUUUCGUGAAGUCAUAAUAAUAUAACAAAAAG